AUACAAAAUUAGGUCCAAAGUACAGAACUUUAUUAAUAAUAUUUUUUACUUCGAGUAUCAGGAAAUAUUUGAAUUUCAAACUGUAAUAAUUAGUAAUAAAUCGUGGACCCAAGAGAGCAAUACGGGUAUCGCCGUUAAGUUAAGUUAUUGACACCUAGGCGGAAAGAAGCAGAACGUAAAAUGUACCAAGGAACUCCAGGUGCAACUGCACCAAGUGCACCGCCAGUGAGUCAGCCUCCGACGACCGGAGCACCGCCACCCGGACAACCCAGUCAGCCCCAAUACGCAGCUCCACCUGGUGCACAACCGCCACAAUAUAGUGGACAGCAGCCUUACUAUCCACCUCCUCCAGGGGGUCAAUACCCAGCACCUCCUGGUGGCCAACCCGCGUACCAACCACCACCUGGUGGCCAACCUGCGUACCAGCCACCACCUGGUGGCCAACCCGCGUACCAACCACCACCUGGUGGCCAACCCGCGUACCAACCACCACCAGGACAACCAAUGUAUUACAUGCCUCCCCCUGGCCAACCAGGCGCCCCACCACCAGAUGGACAAUCACAACAGCCCCCGGCCCAACCUUAUCCAUAUCCUUAUCCUUAUUAUCCACCACCUCCACAUGGAUACCCAUACGCCGCACCCCCAGGUGCUCCUUACUAUUACCCACCUCCACCUGGGGGCGCUGCACCAGCCGAGCAAAACAAACCCCAGAUAGUGGAACACCAUCAUAUUACAGUUGAGAAGAAGGAGGAAACUCCCAAAGCUACUCCGGCGAAAUCGACUCCUGCACCAAAACGCCCGGAGCCAACAGUAGAAGAGAAAAUACCAGAUCCCGUUGCUGCGCCACAGCCUCGUGCUGUUCCCCAAGCACGCCCCGCAGCUCCACUGGCAUCUAGUGCAGCACUUCGACGACCUGCUCCCCAGCAGUUUUCUGCACCCCCAGAAAAUCCAUUCGCCAUGUCUGGACCACAAACUAUAACCAUCAAAGAAGAGAGUGAUCCUGGCGGUGUGGCUGCAGAGGUGGCGAGUGGUGUAUUGGCCGGAGUGGGCACAGUGGCAGCCAUAGAUCUCGUAGCAUCUAUAUUUGAUGACUAGGCUGGAGUAGGACUCCAUAAUUAACCUAAUAUAAUAUCAGACGAUAAUCUGAGAUGCGGUUGCAGCCAUACAGUUUUGCUUUUGCGACAUUUAUAUAAAUUAUAUAGUUCUUGAUAUAGACCAGUGUUGUCGAUGACUGCGUCUCACCGACUACCGUUACUGAUCUGUUCUGUCAGACGCGUGACGCAGUCAGUUCAAUCUAUUCUUGAACACACACCGUGUAUUGUGUUUUUAAGUGUGAAUAUUAAGAUUAUAACAACACCCUGUAUACAAAUUGGCCAAAAAUGCAACAAUCUGUGAGAACUGAUACUUUACGAUGUUAAUAUGAAAAUGUGAGAGAAUCAAUGUCAAAAAGCUGCCCAAUUUUUAAAACAAACAAUAAAACUUUUAGACCAUAUCACAUUUUGUAUAAACCUUGCUUUCGCCUUCAAUUGCCCCUGGUAAUAUUCAUUUUUCCUCAUAGAUAACAUGGAAUAAAUAUUCAAAACGCCGACAUUGUUAAGACGAAUAAUGCGGAGAUUUUAGCAGACUAGAAAAUAACUGAUAGGCCUAGAAUAUAUUUCAAAUCAGAAAGAUUUGUCGCAUCUGUUCUCACGGGUUCUCAUAUUGGCCGAUCUGUAUGGGUGAAUAUGACUAACGAUGUAAAUGAACAAAAAUACGAAAGUUAUUUAGAGCAGAUAGGAUAACCUCUAAACUGGAAAUUAAAUGACGUUACGGAUGAAAUAUUAAAACUGUUUUGACGACAUGAAUGUGUGAAGUACCAAUGAUUCGGACCAAAUGCUCUCUAGGUGAUUUUUACACAUCUAUGAAAUCAUCAUACCUUGGAAAUCCAAGAUGAUUUCUACAUGCAUCACUCGGUUCUUGUAAACUAGCCUUAAACGUUAGCUUCAGCCUAUUUUCCAUCGAAAGAGCAUACUAGAAAGGUGUGAUAAAUCACCCAAAAAGCAUUGAGUACUGGGCCAAAACCCAAAAUAAU